CGGUCCCCCCUCUGUCAACUUGAAAUCGCACAUUUCAAGGGCAGUUUCACCAGCGUGUCUGCUCUGUGUCGUCUACCUUGUGAGGCACUAUCAUGAACAUGCUUUGCAGAGUUGGUCUAAUGCGCAGGUCUGCAGCCAGCCUGAGCCAAACCAUCAACCAGGUAGCCGCAUCAAGGCAGAAGCACACGCUCCCUGACCUGACCUACGACUAUGGCGCCCUGGAGCCCCACAUUAAUGCAGAGAUCAUGCAGCUGCACCACAGCAAGCACCACGCCACAUAUGUCAACAACCUUAACGUCACAGAGGAGAAGUAUAAGGAGGCGCUGGCAAAGGGAGAUGUGACCGCGCAGGUUGCCCUCCAGCCUGCUCUUAAGUUUAAUGGAGGAGGCCACAUUAACCACACCAUCUUCUGGACAAAUCUCUCUCCAAAUGGUGGAGGCGAGCCACAGGGGGAGCUGAUGGAGGCCAUUAAGCGGGACUUUGGCUCCUUCCAGAAGAUGAAGGAGAAGAUGUCUGCUGCUACAGUGGCAGUGCAGGGCUCGGGCUGGGGCUGGCUGGGCUACGAUAAGGAGAAUGGAAGACUUCGUAUCGCUGCUUGUGCUAACCAGGAUCCCCUGCAGGGAUCUACAGGUCUCAUCCCCCUCCUUGGUAUUGAUGUAUGGGAGCAUGCCUACUACCUUCAGUACAAAAACGUGCGGCCGGACUAUGUUAAGGCUAUCUGGAAUGUCAUCAACUGGGAGAACGUGACCGAGCGUCUCCAGACUGCCAAAAAGUAAAAUCUAAUCCUCAAAUACCCCAUUCACUCUGACCUGGAUCAAAAAGUAGUCGCAAAUUAUGUUCAGUUUUCAGUUGCAUGGAGUUUUAACAUGAUCAGCUGUAGUAACUUUUAAGUGCUGUCUAUAUCGUUGCAGAUUACAUUGUCUUUAUGGCAGACAUACCGCCCUGUACACACAGAUUAAAGCAAACUUAAAAUGAUUUGCAAGUGCUUUUUAUCUCAGGUCUGUUUCCAACUUGCAGACUCUUUUCAAGCGCACAAAUUGGCCUCCUUUUUACUUUAAGGCUGGCUUUCGUUAAUCACACUCAAAUUUGGCUGUCGUAUAUUUAAACUAGGUGUCGAAUAACCAGAGUGUAUAUUAAGUGAGCGUUUUCUUUGUCAGAAUAACUCACGCGAAACUCAAUGACAAUAUUAUUGCAGCCCAUGUUUUUGAUGUAAUAUAAUAAAAUUAUAGGAUUUCAAUUGUAAAA